AUGGGAGACCUCAACUGGGCACCAUCCGAGCUUCCCGUCGGCGUACCUGAACAAACCGCCGAUUCCUUCGGGACGGUGAUUCUCCGGGGCAGCUCUUCCACCGGGGCAAAUAUGAGUUAUUUUUCUUGGAAUCCAAUAGGCGUUGAAGCCGAGAUUCGAGUGUCAAUUGAUUUAUUGAUUCGAAGGAUGAUGCUGUCAACAAUCGAGGAGGAGCAAACGCAGGCUUGGAACAAUUUCUAUGGCGACUCGCGGUCAGGUCAAUAUUACUCGCACCGUGAAAUGGCACUAGCUCCCCCUCCCCUCCCUCUCUCAUUUCUUUAA